AUGAACUCGAUCCUCACCCCUCCCUGCUAUAAACACCCUCCCCUGCUCACCCCCCACCUUCCCCCCACUGCCCCAGCUAUCAAAGUCCAACAAAAAACUCAUCAAAAAUCAAGAUCACGCCUUCGUGACCAUCCAACAACUUUGACUGUCGCCAUGUCUAUCACCUUGAUCUCCAAGCGCGCUUUGCAAACCCCUGCUCUCCGUUCGAGCGUCCCUCGAACCGUCUUCGUCUCCUCCUUCUCCACCAGUCGCAAGUCGAGCGACAUAGUCGGAAAGGUCCAAGAGGCCGCCCAAUCAGUCAACAAGAAGGCCGGCGAGUUGGCUUCGAAAAGCAUGGAGAACCUCGAGGCUGCGUCGAACAAGGUCAAGCAGGCCACCGGCUCGGUCAGCAGCCAAGCACGCAACGUCGCGGCUGAUGCUAAAAACGAGGCCAACAAGACGAAAGAAUCUGCCAAAGACAUGGCCAAAGACGCCAAGAACAAGGUCCAAGUCUAA